CUCAAGUAGAAAAGUAGUGUUUUCAACACACGAAAUACAUGUUUCAAUAAUAUAGGAAAUAGUUAACAAACUUUUUUAAAUAAUAUGUGGGCGGAUACCGUUUUAAUUGUAUUCAUUAGUAUCUGUACAGCUUUAUUAGGAGAAGGUUUGACAUGGUUAAUGGUUUAUAGAACAGAAAAAUAUCAAAAAUUAAAAGCUGAAGUAGAGAAACAAAGUAAAAAAUUGGAAAAAAGAAAGGAGGCACAUGGAGAUUCAUUGGAUAAACAGCAGAAAAAGAAAAUUGAGAGAGAAGAAGAAAGAUUAAAAAAUAACAAUAGGGAUUUAUCUCUUGUUAAAAUGAAAUCAAUGUUUGCAAUUGGGUUUGCAUUUACAGCUCUCCUAAGUAUGUUUAAUAGCAUUUUUGAUGGUAGAGUGGUAGCACGGUUACCUUUUGUACCAAUUAGUUGGAUACAAGGUUUAUCACAUAGAAACUUACCAGGAGAUGAUUAUACAGAAUGUUCAUUUAUUUUCCUGUAUAUACUAUGCACUAUGAGCAUUAGACAGAAUAUUCAAAAAAUGCUUGGAUUUGCUCCAUCUAGAACUGCAAGUAAACAAAGUGGGAGCAUUUUUGGUCCUCAACCUCAACAAUUUAAAUGA